AUGAAUUAAUAAAAUAAGAGAAAGUUCAAUGUUCUUGAAUACCUAAAAAAUCCAUAUCAUUUGCCCCAAAAAUAAGACAAAUUUGACAUCCCACAAACUUGCAAGUCUGGCUCAAGGACUAAUCAAAGAAGAUUCUAUAGACCCUAUAAACAUUAGACUCUUUUUCCAGAAUUGAAUAGUACCAAUGCACUUUAUUUGAGCAAAACCAGCCAAUAAUUUAGGUAAUCUAGAUAGGAUUGGUAAGGAGAAUUGUAGAUUUGUCUUUAAAGUUAAUCGAUUAGAGGAGUGCCCAAUACAAGUAAAGUUACAUAACUCUUUAUGAAAUCCUUACAUAAUUCUUCCUCUAGUCAAUUGCUGAAAAAAUAACUACCAGAGUUAAAGCCCUUAUUGGAAGUCUAAGCCCAUAAAUUGUUUUGA